AUGUGUAAGGGACUAGAGACCCUCGGAGAUAAACUCCAACUCCCAAUCACACUUUCUGUCCUCACGGUGAUUUUCAACAACAUUCUCAUCAGCCUCCUGGCUGCUGCUCCUCUCUCUAAUGCCGCCGCCGUACCCUCAGCUGCCUCCAGCGAGCCCGCUUUUGAACUCAUCUCGGAGGUUUAUGAAGCAGGUCAGAUGGUCACUAACCCAGACAUCAACAUCGGCGCCCCUGUCACCAGUGCAGCUGAGAAGCGCGAGCACGCUGAGUGCUGGAACAACAUGAUGACGACCAGGCAGAAUCAGGAGGCCUACAUUGACGACUGCGAAAACAUUGCUCAGCGACUAUCGACGUCGAACAUCCGCAUCACGCUCCCGCCCGGACGAGCCGAAGACCGGUGCCAGACGUUCGAGCCGUACCGUGCCACACUCGGUGUUGCGGCCCAGUCGACGAUGGAUCAUUGCCCGAGCUUGGCCCAGCACAGCGGUUGGGGCUACUUGACCGGCAACCGGAACUUGAUUUAUAUCGUGGAGCCGUUGGAUGUUAGCCCGCCUACCUACUCGCCUGGAUGCUAGUUAAAGAGCAUCGUAG